UUGUUAAACGCUGGUUGCGUUAAGAGCAAAGAUAUGAAAGCCAGCGUAGUCCAUAGCCAGCCAACCUUGACGAAAUAUACAUUAAAGAUGUUCCCCUUGCGCGCGAAAUAAUUGACGGGGUUUGUAUCCGAAUCUGGCGCGACGCCCGGUGAAGAGGAUGCGUUGGCAAGGGGUCUUGCGGUUGGAGAUAUCAACGAGUACAAAGAGCCCAAUAGAAGAGUCAGCGGAUAAAGAGCGAGUGACAAGGGAGGCGGCUGCGGGAAUAACGGUCGCGAUGAUUUGGGAGCGGUGGAUGGUUUCCUUGUGGAGCCAUUCAGGGGUACAGCAUCUGUCGACGACAUUGCUGUUGAUAUAACACCACCGAAUUAGACGUGUAUCGAGGAGAGGAAAUGGCGGAAACCAGAUGAAUGGGGCAUGUUAAUGAUGAUCGUCCGUCGUGCCACAAUCCACCGCGCGCUUUUCUAUCUCCCAAAUCCUAGAUGGACAAAUUUGUUUUGACGUUGAAUCCGGAUGACGUCGUUCGUUGCUCACUAAGCAAAAUCACGUGGUAUUUUUCUUUUUACUGAACAUCGUUCUAGAUAGUGCGCACAACGCCUUGAAGUCCCAACUUUUACAUCUUAUGAAUGUGAAAUCUUUACUGUAGCUCCUGGCUAUUGCAGAAGCUCUACGGACUAGGAUUUCAGCUAACGCCGUGUUACAAAAGCCGUUCAAUUUUGGCUAGUCCAACUCUUACGACACAACAAUCAGCUGGCAACUAAUUAUAUCUUAUUACCAGCCAUACCGCUCGGUUUGGAUUCGCUCAGGGUGCUACAAUUUUGCAUUCCCAAGAGAAGCUGCAGCAGCAGUUAGCUUAUUCACAUAGCCAAUCCCCCGCCUACAAUCCCGCCUCCUCGGUCACCGACGCCCCCAAGGGUGAGGAUGGGCUUUGUAGGCAACAGGGUUUUUGGGAGAAAUGGCGUUGCUGCUACGUUGAAUGCCUAGUUCAAACCGACCUUCUUUCCUAGUCGCACUUGUUCUACAUAUUGCCUACAAUCCGACGGCUUCUCGAAAAAGUUUACCCGGCAUUCUUGAAUGAGCCUAUUACAUGAAGGGUAUGUACAAUGGUGCUAGCUAGCGUUAUGAACACAAAGCUGGGGCGUGCCGAUUUAAGAAUCGUUAUGAUGUUGGGUCGAAAGUACAUCCUUGGAUGCCGGGUUAAAGGAUUCAUUAUAUUUCCUCAGCUCAGGAAUAUGUGUUUUCAGGAACGGCAAGAUACGGCUGUCGAGGAGGUCGGGCCAUGCCAGACCAUUAAACUCUCUUUCUUGGAAUAUAUUCGCUUCAAGAGCGGGAAAUACCUGACAACCCUGGGCACCAAACCAUUUUCGUCUUUUGCAAGACCUUGAUUUAGGUUAGCUGAAGACUCUGUACCUCAGUUAUGUGACCCUAGCGGUUGGUUGUUGUAACGGAAUAUGGAGGACUAUCAGGCUGCAUUGCCAUAGCCGCAACAUACGGUAGUGCGAUCAGUUGGGACCAUAAAUCUUCAAUAUGUUGUGUUGGACCCAUAGGGGAGAUUUGGCGAUACCCACAGGCUGUACUGACGAGUCGUGAAGAACCAGAGCACCUAACGCCGGACCGUUUUUCGAGCUGGGAACAUCCCGGUUCACGGUUCCACAUAGCGAGGCUGCCAUCUAAAAAUGUCUGGAUCCCUCCUUUGCCGGGUGCUCUGGAAUACCAAUAGAAUUGUUCUUAUCGCCCUUGGCCAUGCUGGUCUAUUUCCUUUUCGAGGUAUCAUCCGUGUAUAACAAAUCUCGUCGGUACAUCCCAUGAUACCCUUGGUGACAUGAUUGCAUAGAACAAUCAAAAUAUUCCAGGCUCCGAAGGUCGCUCACCGACGAUAAAAGCAAGGAAAGCAAAUUAACACACGGGUUACUUCAUAUGAUUGACCGCCCGGGAAUCCCAUGUAGCUCGCCACAUCGUCCUCCCGGUAUAUCAGCCUUACCCAACGAGAGAUCCUAUUAGGCCAUUCUUCAGGCGCCUUUCCCGUUUCCCCGCUAUUAACAGAACCGGGGUAAUGCAAUUUGAAAGUUAGAAAUUGCCAAUGCGCACGGAUCGUUUACAUCUCUGCCUGAGGGGAAGGCUGUAACCGGAGGGGUCAAGUAUACGCCCCAAAAUCCUGGUCGAAACCAAUAAAUAUAAGUAGGAAGUUAGUCUUCUUCGCUUGCUGGCUCCGCGUUUGUUCUUUUCUUUUCUUCACGUCACUAAAAGCUACCCGCAAUUGUUAUCCGUUUAAUUUGCGACAUAUACUGCGACAACCGUCGAACUUUCACAUACUCGUGCGAAUCUCUCCAUCUUGGCACCCCUUUUAUAGCGAAGCUAUCGCAGCAGAACAUAUGCCUUCAGAAGGUGUCCCGAAGUGCCAGCGUUGUCGCAGGGACCACAAAAGGUGCUCACCGGAAGUCCGGGCAUGGCCAGGGCAAAGAUGCGAGCGCUGUGAAAACUAUGGAUAUGAGUGCUCGGAGAACAUGAUGGCGCGAAGGUCAGCGCAAAGGGAUCGUGAAUCUGCCCCCACCAUCAGCCGUCCUUUCGAGGGCAGACCUGGAAACUACCAACAGGGCGUAACUCGACCACUAUUAACACGACCAAUUUCAUUGACUGAAACAGAAUCCAUCCAAUCCCCUUUCGUUGGGCUGUUCUUGUACCUCAAAAAUAUCGACUGGCAGACCUUGAGCUGCCCCUCGGCUGAAUUUGGAUCGGACCCAUUUGCUGCAAUGUUUCAAUCGCAUACAUGUUUCCCCAAUCUCUUUAACCCUCCCCUUGGAAGACGAGGAAUGUAUCUCGAAAUUUUUGCAGAGAGCGAACGGCUAAAGCAGAGUCCCCCCUCGCCGCCGGUACCAUAUGGCCACUCGCUAGAAAACUCCGUCGUAACGGCCAUAGUUCAUAGGGUACAACGAGAACAACAUCGCAAGGCGAUGAACUAUAGUUUCGAGGAGCUAUCGAGAAGGUGCAGCAAUUACAUUCGUUACGGUAGUUACUGGAACAGGUUGAGAACUAUGCUCAAUACCGACGAAGUGCUCCUAAUCGACCCAGAGUAUUCCUUCGACAAACCCAAUCCUGAUACCACAUUCGAGACCGCGGUAUAUUUUUGGUUAUUCGGCAUCCCUGGGUUGAAGGAACUGUGCCAGAAAUUGUCAGGGCUCUCUCAUAUGAUCUUGUGUUUAGCGAGAACUCCGCAUGAUGAUCCAGUACGGAAUGUUUUGGCCACGCAGAUCCUUAAUCGCCUUAAUGAGGUCCUUGGUUCAGAAGUUGCCUCGCUUCCCCAGCCUUCCCAACCUCGCUACAGUAUUAACAGCAACAAUAGUAGCCACGAUAAUGGUCACUCCUACGUGGCCGCCGCCACGAUUGGUAGUUCGACUGUGGGACUUCGAGAUGCGGAGCCAGAGGAUCCCUUUUCAUCUGAUAGCGUUGCCCUUCAGGCCGGAUUCGGAGUCGGCUACGUUUAUCAGGGUGCUUGGAACAAUUGACCAUUGAAAAGCAGUGCUUGUUGCCCAUUCCGAGCCCCCUCACCGCUUCGAGUCAUUAUCCAUUGCCCCGCCUACCCGUUGGUUUGGUUGCUUGAGUGGCUUCAUUUCCAAUUCCGAUUUCAGUUCCAUUUUCUCUUUUUUGAGUCUGCAUUCCUUUCCAUUCUUCUGGGUGAGCGGUUCCGAAUUGAGGAACGCCAAUUCUCCUAAACCCUAAAUUUUUAGUCUUGAAGUGCGUUGGUCCGUGGGUCUUAGGGAUGAUAGAUGUUCACCAUAGUUCGUAUUAUAUGCAUUAAAGUUUUUUCAAUAUAGUAAAGGGUG